AUGGCUUUAGUGGGCGGCCAGAACAAGCCUCUGACCGCCGGAGUCGCACUGCUCGCUACCAUGAGAUUCUGCUUUGGAACGGCCGUCGCCGCUCUUUGCUACUACAUUCCCCACUGGAGUACUUUCAGGGCGCAUGAGUAUGCAGACGUCAUGGUCAGCUUAGCGCUCGGUAGUGCGACUGGCGUCGACGUCUUGUCUGCAGUAUCUCUUAUUUGGUACCUGCAGAAACGUCCAACCUCGAAACUGGAGGACAGCCGUAUCAACUACCUCACAGUGUACAUACUCAACACUGGACUUAUUACCAGUGUCUUCUCACUUCUCAUACUCGUUACGGUAUUACCCGUUCCCUUCGUAUUCGAUUUCACAAUAUACUAUCCUCCUCUACAGUUCGUUGCGCUGAAGUCUAAUCUUGUCUUCCUCGCAUUCGUGGAGAUUCAGAGCAGACUCUAUGCGAAUUCAUUCCUAGCAAGCCUGAAUGCUCGCAAAGCCCUACGGAAUCAAGGGGUCAGCGUUCAGUUUUCCACCUAUGACUUCGGUGUCGGGUCAGGGUCUCCUACUGCCCGUAUCCGAGUAGUGAAAGAAACGAUCAAAACCGUUGACGAGCCAUUGGGAGACCCUGGACGGGUGGUACGCGAAUCUUUGUCGUUUACGUCCAGUGCCACAGAAGACAACACCCUCGAGGGUAAUGAGAAGAGGCCACAGUUCAAGGUGUCCUUGAGCUCCCAGAUAUGA